AUACAGACUUUUAUUUAACUUCAUAACUAAAGUUCAGUUGACCAAUCAAAGCGCAUAUUCGUUACACCACACCCCUUUGCUUUCCGGUUGGCGCCACCUGCAAAACAUGUAUGUUUGGUUUAUUGUCACGGAUCGACAUAGAGCUACAGUAACAGUGGAUCAGGACAAGAGAGAGGCUUUGGCGGAUUUCAGAUCGCUGCUGUUGUGUUUAACAUGGAAUUGUGCAAGACCUAAUGCUGAAGAAGGUUGCACUGUGUGUCAUAAUCCUGCUUGAGUAAAAGACAUUAAGAUCAAUCGAAAACUUAGAAACAACAAGGCGAGCAACUUUACCGCAAGCUGGACUCCCUACUCAACGCAUCAGAUGUCUCGGUGGUUUUUUGCUGAGGGCUGAGUUAAUGCCGGCUGAUGUUGCCGUUGGUGGAGAUGUGUGCUGUCUCACAGACAGGUUUUUUGCCCCGCGGGUCAGGCCGUUUAAUGCCGGAGAGAAGAUUGAGUUGGUGUAGAGUUCACGCUGGGUCACUGCUGCCGGUGCUGCCAUGGCAUCAAAGACAAAAGAUAGGCAGGGGACGAGGACUGCUGCAGAAUAAAUGUGCUUUUUUACACAUUAACACGCCACUUCAACAGAUGAUCUGCAAUUCAAAAUGACCUCUGACUCGAAGAAAAAGAAGAACUUCAAGAUCUGGUUUAGCCCAAGAAGUCGUAAAAUACGGUGUUGUGUUGAGAAGCCUGUUGCGGUGAACCACUCAAAUGGAGAUCAGAGGAAAAAAAACACCACGGUUCUCUCUGAACCUAAAGACAUGUCUGUCUACAACUUUUCCUCUUCCUCCCAGGACUCUGACUCUUCCACCCCUCCAAGGCGGAAGGUGAAUAAGAAAGCAAAGUCAAAGAGGCUCAUCCCAGCUAGCAGUGCUCAAACGGCAGUAACAUUGUCACAAAUGAAGCGGGAAUGUAAAAGACUGAAACUAGAAGCAAUCAAUCAUCGAUGGGGUAUUGGUACAGAAAGUGAUUUAGAUAGCAAGGAUGAAGAUGACGAGAAGGAGAGCUCUGGAGAUGACAACAUCAGGCCUGGUAAGAGGGUGUCUUUUCAGUGCCUGGGAAGCCAGCCUGAGGAACAUCAAAAGAUAAUUUCCCAAGGAGAGACUCAAGUUGACAGUCCUGAUGAAAGGUUUGAACACAUUGAGACAAACUGCUUAGAUCACCUUCCAAAUAUCCAGGAGCCUCCACAACAGUCCCCUUCUGAAGCACUGAAAAGAGCCGGAGAGGGUACACCAAAAAUAUCCAGAACAACUCCCAGGUGGAGGAUAUCUAGAGAAGGAACUGCACAGUUUCCGACUGAAGAUCCAACUUCUCGACAGUCAGAGGAAGACCAGAAUGUGAAAAAGGUCCUCCCAAUGUCAGGGAGAGGGUCAACAGCUACCCCAGUUCUUGGGAGGAAGUCUACUAGGGUGCGAAGUAACCGGGGAAGUCCAGCUUACAUGAAAAGAAACCACAAGGGAGAGACCCCACUGCACUUGGCUUCGAUAAAGGGUGAUGUGGAGGAGGUACGCAAGCUUCUUGCUCAGGGAGCCGACCCCAACCUGAAGGACAAUGCAGGCUGGACGCCGUUGCAUGAGGCAUGUAAUCUUGGUCACCUAGGAGUUGUGGAGGAACUGCUACAGCAGGGGGCGCUGUUGAACACUCCUGGAUAUCAGAACGACUCUCCACUUCAUGACGCCGUGAGGAACGGGCACGUAGCAGUUGUCAAACUCCUGGUUGAGCGGGGAGCGUCUCAAACUGUACUGAAUAUGUUUGGCCUGCGGCCUGUAGAUUAUGCGCUGACUCCAGAAAUGGAGAAUGUCCUAAAAAGGGCCCCCGAGGCACCCGAUCCUGUAACAGUUGCCCUGGGCCUGUCCGACACUCUCUGUAAGUCUUCAGGCUGUGCGCGGGAGACCGGAGGUCCGAUGGUUCUGAUUGGCAGUCAGCUGUCACAGACUCAGAGGACACAGCUUGCUAAAGCAGCUCGUCUGCUCGGAGGAAAACCAGUCGAGUGCUUUUCAAAUGCAGUCACCCAUGUGGUUGUACCAGAUGUUUCCAGUCUGCCGUCUACCCUGACCACACGACUGGGCAUUCUCAAUGGCUGCUGGGUCCUCCAUUUUAACUGGGUGUGUUGUAGCCUUCAGGCAGGCAGCUGGGCUGAGGAGAGCAUGUACGAGACAGGUGAAGGCCCCCUACGUGCCCGUGUGAACAGAGACAGCCUGUUGCCUCCACUCUUUGAUGGCUGCUUCUUCUACCUGAUGGGUUCCUUCCACAAACCACCUAAAACUGAACUUCUUCAGUUGAUCAAAGAUGGAGGAGGUCAGCUUCUGAACCGCCAGCCCAAACCCGACAGCGAUGUCACGCAGACCCUGAGUGCGGCGGCCUAUCACGCUCAGCCGGGAACCGAUCAAAUUCUCUGCACCCAGUAUAUCUUAUAUGAUCCUCAGAGCUCCUACAAACCCUCAAAGGUUCGGGUCGGAAAGGUCUGGUCGGCUACGUCGACUUGGCUUCUGGACUGUAUAGCUGCCUUUCAACUCUUGCCCGUGCCAGAGCCCUAAAGCACAAGCCUGCUGUAUUUUGAGUUCAACUUUAUGACAUUAAAUAUAGCACUUAUUAGUUUAUUUUUUAUUAAAAGACAGGCAUCUUUAAAACUAAUUCUAACUGCAAGCUUUUAUACAUUUGUGCUGGGGAAAAAUAAAGGGCCGCACUAUUCCCUCAUGA